AAUAAAAAAGUAACACUUUUACUUUUAUAAUUUUGUAAACUGGAGUUUAGAGCAGGAAUGAGUUUGUAUCGGAUUAGUUGAUAGAUAAGUGGGUGAACUAAGCGUGUUGAUCACGUGUCAGAGUCUAUUCUCGAGUCGAUGUCAAGACUGUUCCUUGAUAAAGUCCGUGGAGAGUUACAGCAACUGUAUGACUUUCACAAACUCUAUGCUGCCAGGAAGAAUUUCUCCCAGCGGUCAGGAAUGGACUAAAGAUUCGUAGCCCUGUGUACUGUUGAAGGUCCCUAGAUGAUUUAUUCAUGGACAAGUGUCAGAGGUCACAGAGUAAAAACAAAAUGUGAUAUUAUCUCAACCUAUCUCUCACACUGACUAGUCUACAAUUCAACACAAUGUUCUCCAAACAUCUGCCUUUAUUUCUAUGUCUCGUGGUGGCACUGGUCAGUGCUCAAGACGUAACAAAAUUAGAUCCAGAAACUCUUAUUGAGGGUGACAACACAGCUGACAAGGACAGCAAUGUCACGUACACAAAGUACAAUGGCAACCAAAACUACAAGGCAGGAUCAGGAUCGGAUGUUGGCUCUUUGGGACCUUUUUACGAUUUAGCUCGAAGUAUCAUUGGUACUUCCUUUCCUGGUGACUUUCCAAUAGAUUUGGCCAAAGAACUAAAAUCAUCGUUCAGCAUCAUUGGAGACAGAUGGCAAGAUAUAUUAAAAUCCUACAUAGGUUAUGCCAUUGCCAUAGCUGUAGGCAUUGUCUUCAUUGUUCUCUGCCCUAUCAUUGGAAUGUGCUUUUGCUGCUGUCGAUGCUGUGGUCGAUGUGGUGGGGCUCGUGUGAUCAAUGAACCAAAAGAAGCCGGAUUUGAGGAUGUGAUUGGUCGAAGAGUGUCGAUCAUUGUUUUGAGUGUCAUUACCGUGAUGGCUAUAACUGGGAGUGCAUUGAUGUUUGCUACAAAUGAGCAGUUGUCUAAAUCUUUUCAAAACAUCAAAGACAAAGAUCUUGACACCCUUGAUGACAUCACUGUUUACUUUGAUUCAACUAUUAAUCAAACCAACAUCCUUGUAAAUGACAAUUUCAACUUUACAUUAAAAGUAUUAUUCCGUGAUCUAGACAAUAUUGGAUACUUACUUGGCCAGCCAAUCAAAGACGAUGUAAUUAAAAAAUCUGGUUUGCAGUAUGUUUACAAUGGUAUAGACGACAUGGAUUCAGAUGCCAACAAAUUGAAUACUAGUUUGACAGUUUUGGUUCAAGAAAAAAUUUUUCUAUUCCAACUAAUGCCAAUUUUUGACACAUUCAUCGCUGAUUUACAGAAUACCAUUGAUGUUGCUAUUUCAAAAGAUUCUAACAUAACAACCAUGUGCCCUAACCAUCAACUCAACAAAUCUUUUGACACAAAUGAGCUACCAAAUGAAUUCAACAAAUCUGUGGUUCUUGCUGUCUUUGUACAGUCUGGGGUAAAAUCAUUAACACAACAAUCUAGACAUGAUCUUAAUACUAUCCCAGAACGCAUUCAAAAUGAAACAGCCAAGGAAAGGGAAGAAUUAAAAACUAAAGCUGGAGAUUAUACACGUGAUGUUCAAGAUAUCACCAAAAAUCUUCAGAAAAUUCGAAAUGAUUUUCUCGGGAAAUUAGACUUUGAAGAUUUGAAGUCAGAUGCCAAAAGUUUUCUAGAUACAGGAACUACUUAUGAGAAGUACAGAUGGUAUGCUGGAAUAGGUCUAGCUUGUAUAACACUUAUCAUAAGUUUGCUAUUAGUGUCAGGACUACUUUGUGGUUUUUUUGGUGGCCGUGCCUCUAUUGAACCAACAGAAAGAAGCUCUUUCUCAAAUCAUGGUGGGAACUUUUUGACAGCCUCUAACAUGCUGUUCUUUAUCUUUGGAUGGCUGCUGAUGUUGGUGACAACACUGAUCUUUGUGGUUGGAGCACCAGUGGAAAAGUUUGCAUGUCGGACAUUGAAUGAUCUUGAUUUGUUGGAUCAAGUAAUAACUGAUGUGAUUAGUUCAAAUGAUGGGAAAUCCUGGCUUGGAGACAUUGUUUACCCCAAUAAAGGAGUCAAUUUAUCAGUUGCAGAAGUUUUGGUGGCAUGCAAAGCUGAUCAAGCAGUAUACAAAGCUUUAAAAAUGGAAAAAGGCAAUCUAUUUAAUUUGACUCAAAUAACUGAUUACAGCAAGACUGUCGAUAUUGGUGAUAAAAUAAACCAGUUCAAUGUUGGCUUUGAUGGUUUGAAUAUAACAGGAGGGGAAAUGAUGAGAUUUAUAGACUUUAUGUCAGCAUUUGAAGAAAAUAUGAAUUAUACUGCAUAUAACAAUACACUCCUGGAUAAUAAAGUCAAUAAAAGCAGCAACUUCCUAACUGAGAUAAUAACUUUUAUUAAUUCUCACAGUGCUUCACCAGCUAUAAUUGAACUUAACACUAUAAAGACAAAUUUGUCCUCUGAAAUGAUUAAUGGAACUGGCUCACAACUUAAAAAGUCCAUAGACAAUAUUAAACAAGCAUUGGAGGACAUAAAAAGUGUUACCACCCAACCACCAAGUAAUACGCUGAAAAUGAAAAGUGACACUCUCAAAACUAACCUGAAAAGCAUUGAAUCAAAUUUGUCUCAAAUCACAAAUGAAACAUUUAGGAAUUCAGUCAACAGCUUCGAGAGCAGAUUAAGGAAAAUACUUGACACAUUUACUUCAUUAGUUAAAGAAACAGUGGAAAAUGACCUUGGCAAAUGUACUCCUUUGUGGAAUAUCUACAACUCUAUACUGAUCAACAGUUUGUGUGAUUCUCUUGUUGGCUCCCUGAAUGCUUGGUGGGCUGCAUUAGGCUGGACAAUAUUUUUCCUACUGUUAUCAACUUGCACAUCAGUAGUUACAUCUAAACAUUUCUUUAAAAUGAGAUACAACAGUGAAAUCUCAUCAAAGCCACCUGUUGACACUAUUGUCUCCCCUGAAAAGCAAAAAUCGCAUCCUUUCAACAAUCAAGUAUUUCACUCAGAUAAUGCAGACAAGUGGUGAAUCAUUCAAGUCUAGUGGAAAGAAUUUGAAUACAUUUAAGUUCCAUCUUACAGCUUAAUGUUACUGAAGUUUAUGUUAUUAUUUUGUUUGUGUGUGCUUUUAUUUGUGCUAAUAAUAGAAACAUUCUAUAUUUCUUUUAUUUAUUUAUCUACCUUUACAUAAUAUAUUGUAAGUAGAAUGUGAAAAUAUGUACCUGUAUCUAGAAUAGUUAUAUAAUCUAGUUAUAAAUAGUUAUAAGUUAAUGGUUUUAAAAUUUUCCCUACAAGCUUUAACUUUGUAUUUAAUGUAGAGUUACCUUUUCAAUAUUUUGUAUGGAACUGUUUUUGAAUGAGUUAAUUUGAAAAGACAAAUAUGCAGGUUAAUAACAAUGCCUAUGCCAAAUUAUUAAAACACUAAUCUAAAAUUUGUUUUUCUUUGAGUCAAAGACUGCUGUGUGAUAACAUUUUGGGAAUAAUAUUUUAUUUACACAAACUAUAAUGGUUGAACAUAUUAAGCUAAAAAAAAUAUUAUUUUUUUAAUUAAUACUACAAAUGUAUUUCUAUCCUAAAUGAAAAACAUACUGCCAAUAUCUCAAUGAAAGUCAUAUAUGUGGUGUGCUCUUAGGGUGGAUGAUAAAAUAUGCUAUUUUUAACCUACAUUAAAAAAACUUAAAAGUAAUUAACUUUAAAUAUUUAUUAUAUACAUACUUUUUUUUUAUAAAUAAUUUUCAAAAUCUCUCAAGCUCUAAAUAGUACAGUAUAGUAUUAAACAAGGGAACAAUUCUUUAUUUAACCUAAGAACUUUGGAGCCUUGAAAUAUAACUGUAGUAGUAGUUACAUAAAAUAUCCAUGUAAAUGCUUCUUGCUAAGAGUUUGUAGAUGUUUAAUUUGAAAUAUUUUUUAAAAAUAUUAGUUAAAAUAUAUUUGUUUAUAUAUUAGCUAGAAACUAUUUGUUUAUAUUUAAGGCACUACCUGAAAAUCGAAAUAUAUCAUUCAAAGCUCAUAAAUCAGAAAAUAUUCACUAUGGCAGGAAAACCAUUAAUUGUCAAAAUGUAUUUAGCUAGCUUUUGUAAGUGUACAUUUAAUAUUUUAAGCUUUCAGAAAUUAUUAUAUGUGGCAAUUUAAAGAUAUACAAAUAAUAACCAAUAAUCCUUUCUGUUUCUCAUGAUACAAUUAAAUCAAUCUAUUACAAUAUUUUCAAAUACUUUUUGGUUAGAAUUAAUUGAAUUUUUUUUUACUUGGUCCAUAACAAUAAAUGUGUGAAACUCUAUAACUGUUGUAAGUUGUUUAUGUUUUAUCAUUUUUAUGUAAAACUUGUGAUAUCUACAGACGUUGAAAUGUUAUUAUUUCUUUGUUAAAUAGAUAGUAUAACCGAAUUGGUGAAAUGAAUCAUACUUUAAUACCAUAUACUUGAAAAGUUUUUUUUUGUUGGUGUUAUAUUUUAAUAUAUCUUAAACUGCUUCUACUGGACUGUGAUAUUUGCUUGAAUUUUAUAUCAUUUACUACCAUUGUACAUCCUAUUACAGUUUUUCUAUUAGAAUCUAAGUGUCAGUAGAAGUAAAUGAUCAUUAAUAACCUAAAUCAUAGUAAAAUUACUGGUUGUGCAGUAUGUGUGCUAGACUGUCAUUUGGUCAUCUCCAUGAUCCCGGGUUCAUACCCUGCCCACUCCCAUCCCCCAUCGUCAACUCUAAAGGAUCAUAUAAAACAUUUUACAAAUAAUAAUAAGUCUGUUUAUAAAUAACACAAAAGAAGAAAAAAAACUAGAGUGAAUGUUUCUGUUUCUGACAAGUAAAUGGCUAAAUACAACACAUGCACACAAACAACAACAACAACAGAACAUCCAGUAUGUACUGUGCAGUAGUAGAUUUCAAUAUUAACUCGCCUAGUUGUUUUUAGUUGUUUAGAGGGCUGCCUAGUUGUGUGGUAUGGGCUCAGGACUGACGUUCAAUGAUCUUGAUGGUCCCUGGUUUGAACCCUGCCUUCUGCCAUUCCCACUGCCCUGCUAGAAAUUUGGGCUAGGAUGUAACAAUCUUAAAUCCAAAGAAACCUCUGAAACAUUUAAAACAAAACAUGGUUAAAUUUCCUAUUAUUUAGUCUGCAUGAAUUAUAGAUUGAAAAAUUGGUGAAGAGAUAAAGUUACAAUUUAUUACAGUAUUUUAUUGAAAUUUUUUAAAACUGCUUAUUUUAUUACUAUUAAGAAAAUUUAGAAUAUAUUUUAUUUACUUAUCAUUUAAAAAAAUCAGCAUUCAACGUAUGCAUUUUAAACAUACAUCUGUAGUGUGGAAAGCUUGCCAUUUAGAUUAGAGUCUUCUCGUGGUCUUCAAUUCUUCUUGCUUGCUCAUUAAAAGAAACAUUCCAAAAUUUUAAUAUUUGAAAAAUGCAUCUUGUUUAUUUGUAAAUUAUUUCAAUUAUUAAAUUAUAUUUGAUAAAAUAUUGACAUAUUAAUGGAUACUUGGAAAAAUGGAACUUUAUUGUGUUAUAAAUGUUUCUCUUACUUUCAUGAAUGUCAUCAAAGAAAAAUCAUGUAUAUAAAACUGCUGAUACAUGUAAAUAUUUGUAAUAUUCUGUUUUAUGGAAAGUUGAAGUAUCUCACUGGUGACUUAUAAUAAAAUACAUUUAUUUGGCUGAUUAAUUUUUUUUCCAUGAGAAAUGUGCGUACACAUAUUGUUCCAAAAAGCUUUUUCAAAGAUAAGUUAUGAUUGAAAAAUUGGAAAUAAAAUGUGUCUAUCAUACAUUA